UGGCCACAACAAACAUUUUUGCGCAUCCUGGGAGGAGGUAAAUGAAAACUUUUUAGAGUCAGCCGUGGCUACACUGGAUUACAACAUUCUCCAUCGCGCCUACACACGAUUAAAAAGACUGAUCUUCUCUGACAUUAAGGACUGCUGCUGACACCCUGCACUGUUAUUAACCGUUGCAUUAAUUCUUCAAAGAGGAGGCUACUCGUGGAUAAAACUGAACCAUGGCAGUGCAACAGCAGGUAACCACAGUGACCACCAACUACAGCACCGGCUCCUGGAGCACGGACCUCUGUGACUGCUGUUCAGACAUGGGGACCUGCUGCUGUGCGUGGUGGUGCUUCCCCUGCAUGCAGUGCCAGACGACCUCCCAGCACGGCUGGUGCUUCUGCAUGCCUCUGCUGGACCCCCUGGCCUGCAUGGCUGUCACCUGCUGCCUGCGCAAGUCCAUCCGGGAGCGCCAUGGCAUCGAGGGUUCGUUGGGUAAAGAUAUCCUCACAUCCUGCUGUUGUUACCCUUGUGUGUGGUGUCAGAUGUCCAGGGAGCUGAAGAACCGUGCCUAAACUACCGUAGUCACCCAGCAUCUAGAAGUAAAAACAAUGGGAAAACGCAGGGGAGAGAAGAGAGAGACACACACACACACCACUAGGACUUGUGAGGGGAAGAGAGACACACACACAUACCACUAGGACUUGUGAGGUGUACUUAAAAAAGUAAUGUUAAAGCUAAACGUUUUUUGACCAUCUGGUUGUAAACUGUGAUUAAUUAACAAAUUUGGCCUUUCUUGGAUCCAGUCUGGGUUUAUUUGUCGAUCCAUCUGACUCCCUCUGUGUUGCUUGUGCUCUGAUAGUAAAGAACCAAACGCCCAUUGAACUGAAUUAGGCAGCGCAGCAUUAGUCAGCACAACAAUAUGCAGUAUGAGCCCAAUGUAAACUGAUUGCCCAUACUGCAGUUUUUACACUGUCUACAUUAAAGAAAGCCAAACACCAAUGCCAAUCCAAAUGAUGCAGAAAUCAGAAGACUGAAAACAGGAGUCCUACAGCUUGCUACUAAAGUGUUUCUCCAAUAUGAUGAGACCAAAUUGAAAGUGUCCUUCCUAGGUACUUAGAUAAUCACAAAAUCAUAAUUACACUGCUUAGAAUUAGAGAAAUAAAACAAGGAAGCUACAGCUCAGACAGCCAUAGAUACAUUUUAACACAAGUGCUAUCAUGUAUUAUAAAUACUGUAGUACUGUAAAUAUAUACUUUAAGUAUAUGCUUUAACUUCAAAUAACCUAACUUGUAAUGUACACUUGUAUACUCUUUCAUACUGUCAUUUUUGAAAGUACAAUGUGUAAACUGCUUCAAAAUAUUUGUACUGGAAUGCAGACACAUAUUUGUAAACACAUCAUAAUCUUAAUGAGAUAUGUAGUAUCUCAUAGUCACAGUAAAUAUGCUUCAGACAUUCACACUCAUUAUGUUGUCAUGUGCUCAGCAGGGACCAAAUAAACAAAGGAUGUCUACA